GUGUGUUUUGGCAAAGUGCAAACUCUAUGUUGACACAGAUGAUUUUGCUGAGUUGGUUAUGAUGAAGUGGGCAGAGGUGGUGGAUGCUGCAACAGUUGAAGAAUUUGAAGUGAAAUGGAUGCAAUUGUUUAAUAUGUGCAAGGCAAAAUACAGCAACUUUACCUCCUAUUGUUCUACUACAUGGUUGGUUCACAAGGAGAAAUUCGCCAAGGCAUGGACAAAUCAUGUGAUGCACUUUGGAACAACAACAAGUAACAGGGCUGAGGGUGCACAUGCCAGUUUGAAGAAGAUGUUACGGGAUUGCAAGGGUGACCUGGCCACUUCAUGGGAUGCGUCGCAUAGUUUGACAUGUAAUCGACAUACUGAAAUAUUAGCAUCGUUUGAGCGCAGUAUUCACAGAAUUGAUCACAUUUUCAUGUUCCCAUUUUACACAAAUAUUAGAGGAUUUGUGUCAAACAAAUGCCUGCAGCUCAUCGACGUUGAACAUAUAAGAAUGAAGUCCUACGGCGGAUGCGAUUGCUUGUUGAGAGAGACUCAUGGACUACCUUGCGGUUGUGAACUUGCAGGUUAUGAAAGAAUUCCAUAUGAGUCAAUUCAUCCAUUCUGGAAGAGACUGAGUUGGGAGCAUGUACCUGAACCUGUUGCAGAUACUACCAGCAACCAUAUUUGCGGCAUGAACCAUGGAGAUAUGCAACCAGAAGUUGAGGCAUUGACACAUUAUUUCAGUUCUUUGGAUACUGGAGGGCAGAGUAUGGUAAGGAGGAAGCUUCAAGCGAUCUAUUGUCCUGAAAGCAGUUCACUUUGUACUCCUGCGGUUAAGAUAAGGUCCAAGCGCACUCUUAAGGCGAAUGAGAAAAUACCACCCAAGAAUAAAGCAAUAGGAUCCUUGACUCGUGAUCUUUCAGGUUUUGAACAUGUUGAUAGGGAGAUCAGAGAGGCAAAGAAGGUUUCACAACCACCAAAGAAGAAGAAGCGUGUGAAGAAGUCUGAUACAAGCUAUUUCAUGGGUCAUUUUCCAGCCUUUUUCCACCCAUAUAUACAAACAGUUCAGAAUGUUGAGGAUGAUGGUAACUGUGGCUAUAGAGCCGUUGCUGCAUUACUCGGACUACCAUCAGGUGAGGAAAGUUGGUCAUGGGUUAGGGCAGCGUUGAUAGAAGAACUUGAACGACACAGAGGGUUGUAUGAUGAAAUGUGGUCCAGACAUGUGGUUAAUGCCUUACAUUCCCGACUCACUCUUCCUUCUGGUGAUCCGGCUACCGAUGAUAAAUGGAUGCAACUGCCAGAGAUGGGAUACCUUGUAGCAACCAGGUUCCAAGUGGUUUUCAUAUCCAUCUCCUCUACGGGUUGUUGGUCAUACCUUCCACUAAGAGGAGAAGGUCCACCGGAUGUACAUCAUGUUAUAGCUGUUGGUCAUGUGAAAAAUCACUUUGUACAUGUAUUUUUUGAUUGAGUACACUAAUAUCCAAUUGGUGAAUUGAUUUGUUGUAUUUGCAAGUUAUCUAAUUUUAUUGUUAUUCUCUAUAAUGUAGCUCCAUCUAACUCCUGGACAUUCUAUGCCGCCAAUUGCUCUCCAGUGGGAACGGUAUGUUGAUCCUACAUCAGUAAGCUGGUGCGCCCCAUAUGGUACACGUUUAGGCAGAUUCACAUCAGAAUUCGAAGCUUGGCUUGUUACUUUUGGUGUUCCUCUUAGUCACCAAAGCUAUGUAGACAUCACCUCAGAUUGACACCACACUUUUGUGUGAUAUUCAUUUGUAAACGCUCUGUAAUAUUAAUCUGAUGGGCCUUGCCUUUAUGAUGUUCAUUUGUUGCUUUUAAUAAUAUUAAUUUGAUGGUCAUUGUUAUAUUGAUGGGCCUUAUUAUUUUGAAUCAGCAUCAGGGAUAAUUAACAUAGACAACCACUCUGUCAUCAGAGUCCUGUCAUUUUCAUCCACCCCAUCAUCAGAGUCCUGUCAUUUCCAACCACCCCAUCAUCAGAGUCCUGUCAUUUCCAACCACCCCAUCAUCAGAGUCUUGUCAUUUUCAUCCACUAAAUGACGAACUUGAAACCUGACAUUACUAUCUACC